AUGGAGCUCACCAUGGAGAACCUUCACAGCGUCUCCUCGCACUCCCAGGCGGGAGACCUCAUGAGCUCUCCGCACGCGCGGCCGUCGACGUCCCCGAGCUCCGCUCCCCGAAACCUAGUCUCACACGCUCCCGGCGCGCGGUCAGCCAUGGUGUCCGGCAUGGCCUCGCUCCUGGAGGGCUCCGGCGGCGACUACCGGACAGACCCGUCGCUGUCCGGACACCUGCACCCGUCCAUCAGCAUGUGCGACACCGGGAUGAGCCUUAGCAACACGUACACCACCCUGACCCCCCUGCAGCAUCUACCUCCGAUAUCCACCGUCUCGGAUAAGUUUCACCACCCGCACUCACACCACCACGCUGCCGCCCAUCAGCGACUCUCCGCCGGGAACGUCAGCGGCAGCUUCACGCUGAUGCGGGACGACCACCGGGGGCUCGCCUCAAUGGGCAAUCUGUACAGUCACUACCCCAAAGAGAUGUCCGGGAUGGGUCACGGGUCGCUGUCGCCGCUGUCCAGCGGUCUGGGCUCUUUGCACAACUCCCAGCAGCCGCUGUCAGCCUACGGUCCGAGCGCGCACCUUUCCACCGACGCCAAGAUGCUCUCUCCGGUGUCAGGGUUCGAGUCUCACGCCUCUAUGUUGUCCCGAAGUGACCAAGAGCACCUGGCGAGGAGUUUAGGGGGGCACGGUAUGAUGUCCAAUCUGAACGGCAUGCACCACCACCCGCACAGUCACCUCCAUUCCCAGGCCAACGGCGCGGUGAUGCUGGACCGGGAGAGGCACGGACACGGGGCCGGGCAGGGAGUAGCAGGGUCGGGCAUGCAGGCGGAGGAGAUAAACACAAAGGAAGUGGCUCAGCGGAUAACGGCCGAGUUAAAGCGGUACUCCAUCCCGCAGGCCAUAUUCGCCCAGAGGAUCUUGAGCCGGUCGCAGGGGACCCUCUCAGACCUGCUGCGGAACCCCAAACCCUGGAGUAAGCUCAAGUCAGGCCGGGAGACCUUCAGGAGGAUGUGGAAGUGGCUGCAGGAGCCUGAGUUUCAGCGUAUGUCUGCUCUCCGGCUGGCCGCAUGUAAACGAAAGGAGGAGGACAGAGGACGAGAGCGCAACCAGGUGCCAAAGAAGCAGCGACUGGUCUUCACCGACCUGCAGCGUCGCACCUUGGUAGCCAUCUUCAGAGAGAACCGCCGGCCCUCCAAGGAGAUGCAGAUCACCAUCUCUCAGCAGCUGGGCCUGGAGCUCUCCACCGUCUCCAACUUCUUCAUGAACUCACGCCGCCGCUGUACAGACCGCUGGGACACAGAGGAGUCACACAGUCAUGGGGUACAUGGCCACGCGCACACUCCUCACGGAAACAACAACAACCCCUCACCGAUCCAACCCGGCACCUCCUCUGCAGCCACUUUCUCUAAGGCCUGA